AUGUGCGCGGGGCCGUCGGCCGGUCAAACACACGAGUCUUAUCGGACAAGCGUAUGCAAAGGCCCUGCAGGUGACCCUUUUUCGGGUAAUAGAGGGGGCGACAGUUUGCGAGACAGGCGACAAGAAAACGAAGACGGACAGGUGAAGAUCGCUAAGAGACACGAGGCGCUGCGCCUGACAGCGAGGACCGAUAUGCCCCUAAAUGCCCCUAAAGCAGCCUGGCGGAGAAUGCGGCUGGUGGGCGAGUGGGGAGGACCACUUGCACAGAGCCGACUGCAAGGAGCCACAGAAAAAGGCCACCAGACGGGCUACGUCAUCCUGCGCCCACUGGCGGACGCACAGGCGGUCCGGCAGGGGAAGUGGGGUAUGGCGGCGGUGUAA